UAAGAUCAUUAAUUUGACAAAAUGAUAGGCAGUUAAAAUAUGCAUAUGCUUCAGAAAACGCAGGCGAGCAUUCAUCCAAACACUCGAAUCGUCUCUAGUACCUCAAUCAAGGUGAGAGCAUUCUUCUCAUCCCCGAUUCUUCGUUGAUCUCUUCACAAAACCCUUUUAUUGAAUCUGAAUAGAACCCCACAAUUAUUAUUUCAUACAAUUGAAUUGAACUUCUUCAGCGUUGUUCAUGAACUCCCUCAAGUUACAGACACUACCUUUCUGGCUUUGUUCUCGUGCAAUCCCUUGAGAAAAGUUUCUGUUCUGUGCUUGGUAACGCAUGCGCACUUUUUCAUUUGCAUUUAAGAAGGGGUUUUGGGAAAUGGGGAAGCCUUUGUUUUAUGAGAUCUUGGAAAAACCUGCCACAAGUUGCAUCAUAGGAAUAUGCAGCAUGAUUUGGUUCUACAUACAGAAGAAAAAUAUUGGGUAUUCACAUGUGGGUCUGAGUUAUGAGACCGCUGUAGAAGGGCAUCAUUGGAGGAUAAUUACUUCUGCUUUUUCUCAUAUUAGUGUUAUUCAUCUUGUUUUUAAUAUGAGUGCACUUUGGAGUCUUGGGGUGGUAGAGCAGCUUGGUCACUUGGGCCUUGGUGUUGAGUACUACUUGCAGUACACACUUGUGUUGGUUGUUCUAUCAGGAGUGCUGGUUCUUGCAAUGUAUCAUUUGUUGAUUCAAAGGUUCAAGCUUGAGUAUUUUCGUCGAGUGACGGCUGUUGGGUAUUCCUGUGUUGUUUUUGGGUGGAUGACAAUUCUUUCUGUGAAGCAACCAUCUUCCAAGUUGGAUCUCUUUGGUUUUCUUUCUCUUCCUAUCAGUUUUGCGCCGUUUGAAUCGCUUAUUUUCACUUCGAUCAUUGUUCCUCAGGCGAGUUUUCUUGGCCAUUUAUCGGGCAUUGUUGUUGGAUAUGCUAUAGCAUGGGGUUUGAUUCAUGGGAUGAGCAAUUACUGGGCACUUUCCUUGUUGGGAUGGAUUGCGCUUGUCUUUGUUUUGAGUUUGAAGAGAUCUGGUGCCGUUGACCUAAACUUUCUUGAGAUUGAAUCUGUUACAGAUCCUUCCCUACCAUCUGUGCGGUUUUUGGCAUCAAACAGUGGCAGAACACUGCAGAUGAGUGCGUUGCCAAAUGGAAAUGUUGAAAUUGUCUAAUGUUAAACUGAUAUAUCUUGUGAUAUCAGAUGUUUCCUUGACACACUCAAUAUUGAUAGCAAUGUGAUUCUAAUUCUUCCAAUAUAGAAUUUGUUUAAAGCUUUAGCAAUAUCCCUUUUCAGAGUUUGCAUCUUUAGUUAUGUGAUAAUGAAUGUUCUCUGAUGUUGUAUAUCCAUUUGUUGAAGUGAUACUGCUCGUUGCAAAUUUGCUGCUACUUUUUGCCUUUUUGUUUAAUUUGUGUGCUAGAAUCUGAAUCUAUUGCUCUCAUGGACAAUA